GUGUACUAUCCCUUAAAUAUCCUACUGUUUAUUUCUCUGUCAUGUGGCAUGUUAAGUAAAUAAGACCCAAAGACUCUAAAACACAACAGAAUGCUUUUUGCCCUCUGAAGCUCGUAAAAAGCCAGAAAUAAACCGUUGUUUCAUCUCACUCUUGUGGGAAUGGCUAUAAAUGACAGGUGUCUUUAUCUCAGCGUGUGUGUCCAGUGCCCUGGUUGAUUUGCUGAGGGGAAGCUGUCAGAGAUGAUUAGCUGAACACCACCAAAGACAACAUGCUGAGGGCAUUUCUUGCUACAGAUCAUGUGUUUAGGUGCAUGUGUGUCCAAUUUCAUGGCUUUGGCCACAAGCUAAUAAAGGAGAUGGAGGCGAAAGAGAGCAGGGAAAGAUUUAAAGAUGACAUGAAGAGAUGCAGAAGAGAGAAGAAAGAUGAAAGUGGGCGGAAUUAUAGGUAAAAAGGAUGAAUAUCCUCAAAAAUAAGGGUAGGCAAUUUUAGUAAGGCACUAUGACGGAUGUUUUUGAUGUAUAACUUAGAUCUUAUCCAUAAAUGUCAUUUUCUCCUUAGUGAUUUCUCCUAGAGAGUCGUACCAACAGCGCAAACACAGCUCAGCAGCACUGAGAAAGAAUGAGCGGGAAUCUGUAAUCAGUGUUCCUCUGCGCUUGUGUGUGGUAAUGAGCCUGUCGAGUGUGGACAUUGUGUGUUUCCUCUCUGUUCCUCCUGACAGGACAGACUCCAGACUCACUGAUGAGCAUGCUGGGUAAUGAUAUGUACUUUUGGCAAUCAGAGAGGGCAAGCACAUACAGCAAUCAACAGGACAGAAAACUCAAUCCUCUCAUUGUUGUCAUCACUGACACGACAGCUUGUGAUAUUCCCUUCGCUGUUGUGCUGCUGACAGGAUGGAGGAUGGCUUCUCACUCCUUCAGAUGUGUGUCCUGAGAACCUGAAACUGAAAAUGAUUAUCAAUGUGUGCAUUAUAAUGUCAUCCAUAAUCAGUAUGGCAGCACUUUAAAACGCCUACCUUUUCAGUGACCAACAUACAGAACUGUGAGCUAAAGGACAAUAAGCUCACAAAUUGUAGUGCCAAGAACACAUGACGCCCACUCAAAAAAUGAACUCUUGCAAAUUUUUUCAAAUGAAUGAACUUGAAAACAUCCAACAAGAAAACCAUGCCUGACCUAAAGAACAGUACAAAAUUCAUCCAAUCUGACAUGGACAUUUAUUUUCACAUUGUCCUCUAAUGAGAGCCAGAUAUCUAUUUGCAUAGUGUCACAUGCUGCCAUGACUCAACCCAACGUUACAGAUCUCUCGGCUAAUACCUCCGGAGGAUCCGAAUCGGGUAAUCUGUACCGUCCAUUUUCUGUGUUCAGUGUUCUCACGCUCACUUUGCUGGCAAUGCUAGUGGUGGCCACCUUUGUAUGGAACCUUCUGGUUUUGGUGACCAUCCUGAGGGUGCGUACCUUCCAUCGUGUUCCCCACAACCUGGUUGCCUCCAUGGCCAUCUCAGAUGUGAUGGUUGCAGGACUGGUAAUGCCGCUCAGUCUGGUUAGGGAGCUCUAUGGCCGGCGUUGGAUUCUGGGUCGGGCCUUGUGUCAGGUCUGGAUCUCCUGCGAUGUGCUCUGCUGCACAGCCAGUAUCUGGAACGUGACGGCCAUUGCCCUAGAUCGCUACUGGUCCAUCACACGCCACCUGGAAUAUACACUGAAGACACGUAAACGAAUCUCCAAUGUGAUGAUUGGCCUCACGUGGGUGCUCUCUUCAGUUAUCUCGCUUUCGCCACUCUUCGGUUGGGGUGAGACAUACUCGGAAGACAGCCUGACUUGUCAAGUAAGCCAGGAGCCCUCUUACACAGUCUUCUCCACAUUUGGAGCCUUUUACCUGCCCCUCUGUGUGGUGCUCUUUGUCUACUGGAAGAUUUACAAGGCUGCCAAGUUCCGCAUUGGCUCUCGCAAGACCAACACCAUCACACCCAUGGCUGAGGUCAUAGAGGUUAAGGAGGCUGAACGACAGCCACAGAUGGCCUUCACAGUUCGUCACGCGACUGUAUCGUUCCAGACGGAUGGCGAGACGUGGCGAGAACAGAAAGAGAGGAGAGCGGCUUUGAUGGUGGGCAUCCUGAUUGGUGUGUUUGUUCUCUGUUGGAUUCCCUUUUUCCUUGCUGAGCUCAUCAUUCCACUCUGUUCAUGCGACAUACCUCCUGUCUGGAAAAGUGUCUUCCUUUGGCUGGGUUACUCAAACUCCUUCUUUAACCCACUCAUCUACACAGCCUUUAACAAGAACUACAACAACGCAUUUAGAAACCUCUUUUCCAGACAGCGAUGAGGAACAGAAAAACCAAAAUGAAAACCUUUAGGUUUUAUGAGUAGACGGUGAGAAGAACAUCAAAAGAAUCCUCCUUCUCAGUUCAGACACAGAAGAUACAAAAGCAAUGCACUCGCUCUAACUGUUGUUUCAGGAGAAAAGGGGAUAUCCAGUACACAUCAAAAAACCUGCAGGCCUGGUGUUCAGAUUUUCACCUGCUGGUGAUAACAUCUGUCUGUGAAUGGCUGCUGGUGCUGAUGUCUUCAUGGCUAGAUAAGUUUGGCACUAUCUGUUAAUUCAUCAGUGCUCGGAUAAUGUCUGCCGAACCAGUGUCCUCUUGCAAAACUAAAACACUCAUUCAGACACCAAGCAAACCGUCUGUAGUCCUCACCAUUUCUGUGAACUCUUGAGAGAAAAAACCAUGGUUGUUUUCCAUUGUUCUUGAAGGAUAUCAAAGCCAUUUUUCUUCUGUCAAUGGAGACACAAAGUAGGCAUAUGUACACGUUAUAAAAAUCUGGCCUGAUUCAUAUCCUUUCACUCCCCUAAAUAAUGACCUGGCUAAGAAGCAAUUUGUAUUUCCAUCACAUUUCCUUUCAUAGAACUAAUUUUUCCUUAAGAAGAAAGUCGAUUUGUAAAAGAUGUACAAAGACGAGACAUGAUUUCAGGUGGUACAUGGUGUAAUAAAGUGAAAUGGAAAUUUUGACAAAAAUGGUUGUUAUAAAUGGCCUCAUAAAUGCCUUUGUUUUCAGGCAGCACAUCUCAGCAUUCAUGUGCAUGACCAUGAAAGGAUGCAGCUUUCGUCUUUGUAAGCUACCAUUGUAGCAGAGUAAACUGGAAUAUGGACAUUACGUGAAAUUAAAUGUAAACAAGUCUGCAAUUCUUUUGUGAUGGGAGCCGUGCUGCAAGUGUUAAAUAAAAGAUAUGAAUUGAUCCUGCAUUCCAGGUUAUUGAAGAAAACAGAACAAUUACUCUUUUCAUUGGUUAUCAAUAAUCAGAGGUUCAGUAAAUAAGACAAUGCACAAAGCUCAAUGUCUCUCAACCUGUCUUUGUCUUAAGUGAUGGUGAAGUCCUUCCGAUUUUGUAUUGCCAUAUAGAGGCUUGUCCACACAUGUCCCGAGCCAAAUUUCUUGGUCACUGUCCUAACUGAAAUAGAUUCUCCUAUUAGAAAAAAAACAUGCUAAUACUAAAAUGAAUGAGAAGGUCAGUGACAGCUGUGUUAUGCCCCUAGCAGUUAUCAAAUGCUUCAAGCAUGUGCAGAGAAUCACAAUAAGUAUGAGAGCACUGAUCUCACCCCAUCUCUUUGAAAUACUAUCCAUGUUUCAAGACUGUCCAUCAGUUUGUCAUUUCAUCCAUUAUCCAUACACUCAGCUUUAGGGCAUCACAAAAUUUUACAUUGCAUGUGUGUCUGUAAGAAUCAAAUAAUGUCUAUGGUGAGGUUGAAUAUGGAGAGCCAGAUACUGAGAGAUGGAAAAGCCAAGAGCAAAUGAACAUAAAUAUGUUCUCUCCUGAUGUGCUUCCUUUGAACAUGAUAGGGCAUUACACAAAUACUCAAUCUUACUUUAUUGUUUUCCAUGUUUCCCACUUAUAAAGGAAUCGUUUCACAUGGUACGUUCAUGAAUUUUACGUUGUCAAUAUUAUUGAUUGGACAAACACAGCAUGCAACCUGUGUUGUAAUGGCUUGUCUUGCUCUUCUUCAGUUUAUAUAUUUGUGACUGUACCAUCCAGGCGACUAUAACUGUAAGAAUAAAACAAUCUAUUCUUCA